UUGUAUUGAAAUUAUGGCCGAAGAUUUGUUAAGGAGAUUUGUCGAACAUCACAACGUACACGCUUUACAUAAACUUCUGGAGAUGUUCCAAGAUGAAUCGAAAAACGACGAAAUAAUUGACGCAGUGAAAAGCGUUGGGCCGAAACGUCUCAUUGAUGUUCUCGUUAGCGAAAAUACAAACGAAAAAAACGAUUUUCUGCGGUUCGCUGAGAAGGUGCAAUUGAUUGCCGAAUGUGUUCGAAAUCUAACACUUCGCAAUGAAUUAACAUGUGAUAUUCUUAUUAUUCAGCUACUUAAUAUACUUCAACAAACGGAUAGCUUUGAUUUAGAAUCGAAUCAGGCCGAGCUUGUAAAACAGAUCUGCCGUGUGCUCGGUAACCUCUGCUUUGACAACGAUGCUGCUCGCGAGAUCGUUAUGGAUAAUGAUGGACUGAAGAUACUACUCAAAUUAAUCCGUACGUUACUAGAAGGUGCUCGAUCCCCGAGUGGUUUGCUGAUCGAGGAGAAGCUAGCUAUGAUCGUCAUGGGCUGUUUGUUUAACGUCGCUGACAACGACGACUGCCAAAAAAAAUUUCAACAAAUGGAUGUUCUUCCGUUACUUAUUGACUGCGUCGCAAUUAUGCCGGGUGACGCAGGUUGUCAUGCGACAAACCUUCUUUAUAAUAUGAGUGACUCUGAAGAGUGGCAUCAUCAAUUCGUAGUGAACAUGCCGUCUCUUCUUAGAAUUGUUGACACCGUCGAAGAUCAAGAAAUGCUCGAGAUGCUGAUCGACGUAAUACAAACCGUAUUCAUCAAAGCAGAUAAGUCGGAAAAAAUUACACUAUUCGAAUUUGGCCUGUGGGACCACCUUCGGAAGAUUGUGGACAAAGGAGUUUUGGUGAAACAGGCUGCAAGUCUCAUGGUUAUAAUGCUAGCUGAUGAUGGCUGCAUGCAGCGUAUGUUUGCCGGAGGCGAGGGACCGCAGUAUCUUCUCAUGCGAGAGUGGCUAAAUAACGAUAGCAAAGAGUUACGAACAUACGGGGCUCUGGCGAUUGGGAAUUUUGCCCGAAGAGACGACUUGUGUGUGAUUUUAGCCAAUGAUGGGGUGGCUGCUCAGCUGAUAAAUAUGCUUGGUUCGAUGCGAUCGACAAAACUACAGGAAAUAGAAGCCUUAGAGGACGCAAUUCUUGCUGGCCUUCGUAAUUUGCUGAUUCCAAAGGAGAACAAAAGAUCCCUUAUACAGAGUGGUAUUGUCGAUAAACUACUCAGCCUGCUUCCUAUUGAAUCCUACGUUGUAGCAUUUAAAUAUUUAGCUUGUAUGCGGAUGCUGGUGGAUCGACAGCCAGACGUGGCGUUGAGACUCGGCUCGAACCAUGACUUGCUCAGGGCUAUCGUAACGUGGUCUCGCGUAGAAUUGCAUGUCGGCGUAAAGAGCGAAGCAAUGAGGGCUCUUUGUUGGAUAUUAAAAAAUAAUUCGUCAGACUUAGUGAGAUCUGCGGUGGCAAUCGAAGGCGGGGUGCCUGCCAUUGUCGAGAUGCUCAAAAGUGAGCACACCGUAAUGCAAAACGAAGCAGUGAUUGCGUUGUCGCUGUUAGCAAAUGGAAAUCCUCCUGAAGACGUACGACAGGCUCUUGCCUCGAACCUAAACCAAACGGCCGAGUUAAUUGGUGACAUAAUUAAUACAAUUGUGUCAAGUAGUAAUAACGCGGCUAUAAUGGCGAACGAGUUCAUCGAAAAUAUCGUCACACUUGUUAUCAACGUGUGCAUCAUUCGGAUAGAGUUCCGCGAAGCGAUCGCCACAAAAGUUGAGACACCACUCAAUGAGUUAAACCGAUUAACACAAUAUUUCUCACUAAAGGAUAAAAUCUGCAAAGCCCUACACAUCCUAGGUGACAACAAAUAAAUAUGAAAAUAAAGCCAUGUUUACAGUGAUUCUCGUAACAACAGCAAGAUACAUGAAGAUAUAUUAAAAUAGGAUGGCUAUUUUUUACGAUAUUAGUUCAAUACACGGUGAUCAGACGAAUUCUGUGAUUCUCGAUAUACAAUGCAGCAGGGGAUUUCAAUUACCUCGACAAGAAUCAACUGUUGAAUAAGUAGAAAUAUUUAGUGUCAUAUAGUAAAAUCAAGAAUAGCACUUACAAGUUGAUCAUGCUAAAUCAACGAAAGGCUUUUUUCGAAUUAACUAUCCGACUUAUAAAUCACUACUUGAAUGGUAUUAGCAGUCGCUACAGGUACAUUUUUUCUUCAGCUAGUUAUGAGAAAAAGGAAAAUCGGUAGGUAUGGGUAUGAGUAACAAAUUAAAAGUGAACUUUUACUUACCAUAAGAGAGUAAAAUGCAAUCGGGCAAUGUGAGUGGCCUAGAUUAAGCAUACGUUGGAAAAAUGACUAACAAAUAUGUGAUAUAUAUACGUCAUAUUUUUGUUGUAUAUCUCUAUUGUACAACUAAUUCUCACCCCCUUCUUUCUUCAUCUUUCUUUUCUCGCUGGCAGAAGAGCACAAUGUAGACAUAUUAAAAAGAUUUUCAAAAUCUAUCGAGCAAAUUGUUUUAGCUUUACACAAUAGAAAUAAAGGAGACCACGAGAAGGGGAUCGUAUGUAGAAUAGAAGUCAAAAACCUGUGAGUAAAAUUAUAAUGAAAUCUAUACAAGUGCAUUGGUAAUAAAAAAGCUAUUUUUUACAAAAAGAGACAUGUGAAUUGAAGAGGUGAUCUUAGUCAUUAGUCCUAAUCGAUUUAAAAAGACGGAGGUGACAUACCUACAACAGAGUUUAAUAAACGUGUUGGUAUAAAAUGCACAUCAUAUUCUUCGUUUUGGUUAAUCAGUUAUAUGCAUACACACAGAUGUAAGCUAAACUAGCAUUUGAUUUUCAUGGGUAUAGAGCUACUCAAUCAAAGACGAGCUAAAGCCAGCUCGUCCAAAUUUACAAAUUGAAAAUUGUCGUCAUCUUUUUUGGUCGUUUGACAACGAAGGAGUUCUCGGUUGAGGCUAACGUUCUUGUUAGGAGGACGGGCGUAAAAAUAAUGGCGAUGCUACUCACGCUUGACAGGUCUAGUCAAGACCGUCAUUCACAAAGCAUUCAACGAUACGAAAAGGCCGUCAUGUUUCCAAAAAUUCUCAAGAUAAUCAUACAAAAAAACUAACAUUACAAUCUUGAAUAGCUAAGAGCUUUUCUAGGACGACACGUAUGUAUAUACCGAGAGCCCUUUGACUCGUAAUUACAGCUUUUCUUAUGCGAUUAUCUUAAUUUGCUCGCACAAAAAUAAUUUUUUGCGUUGAUUGCCGUACGAGUGCCCGAUACCUUAUUAAUGAAGUACAGUUUUCAUGAAUCUCAGUGUGCAUAAAAAAUUGUAGUAAAUCCUAGUUAAAGUAUUAUGUGUAUAAGCAUUUUUAAGUUCAGAAAAAUUGACUAAAGUAGUAUUAACCAAGUCAGUAAAAGUCGAAUAAAAAUGUCUCUAGAGUCUACUGAAGGCAUGAAAGGAGAGGAGGGAGUGUGAAAUAGUCGUGUAGACUUUCCUUGUCGAGUCCACGGUAACUUGUUUCAGAUACCAGUACCUCCAAAAUUGACGUUAUUUCAGUGGCAGAACUCUGACAGCGACCUCAUAUAUAUACAUAUAUAUCUCGCAACUAACAACUAACACAGCUGGUUGUGAAAUGCUUGUAUCUAUCUAGAGAUGUGCCCACAACGUGUACAUUGGAUACCA